GGCAAAGCCCCUCUUGUGUAGCGGUUAGGUUGGUAAUCGAGGACGAGGAUUCGCGGCCCUGCUUCCUUGUUUUGGGCACAUGGUGUGGUAUGGAUUUGGAUUUAGCGGGUUUGGACAGCUCGGGGAGGAGCUGAAUCGGUACCUUCCGGAACCGGUCCGGAUACCAGAAGCACGUGGGGAGGGUAAACAUAUCUGCAAAGUGACCCCGUCGUGGAGUUACACAGUCCUGCUGACAGACGAUGGAUCCUUGUCGCUCUCAGGCUUCAUUGAUGGAAGUUCCCAGCAAUAUCUCCAUCUCCAUGGACUGGGAUGCCUCGAUGCCCUCCCUGCAGACCGGUACCUUGUCGUGCUGUUUCAGGACAGUGUGAAAUGUUGGGACACACGGUCUCUGGGCUCCCAUGGUAUUCAGGCAGAGCCCAUGUGGGGAAUGGAUCUGCCCAGUGGACACAGUCCUGCUUUCCCCUUGGUUGCCAACGGAUACGUACUCCAUCAGCCUCCGUUUUUCCGAGAGCUGCCAUCUAGACUACAAGCCCGCAAGCUGGUUUUAGGCAAUGAGCAUGUUGUGAUGCUGACGGCGGACUCAAUGGUACUCGCGUGGGGAGCUGGGAGGCAUGGGCAGCUUGGACAUGGGGAUCUUGAGGAUGUUUUGGAACCUCGAAUUGUAGACGCUUUGCAUGGGGUGGCGAUGAGUGACGUGGCAGCAGGAGGUUGGCAUUCAGCCAGCAUUAGUGACGGUGGAGACAUUUACUGCUGGGGAUGGAAUGAAUCUGGACAACUUGGCCUUCCAUCCAAAGCACUGGCAAAAGAAUCAGGAAGUGCAGAAGUUUCAGCAAGUGGGAGUGAAGCUGAAGUCAGUGAAUUUAUUUCAAUUCAGUCUUUCCCAGCUCUGAUUGAUCUACCCCAAGAAAGUGAAGCAUCCAAGAUCAGCUGUGGAUCACGUCAUACGGCAGCUGUCACACGAUGUGGGGAGCUCUUUACAUGGGGAUGGGGAAAAUAUGGACAGCUUGGCCAUGGAGAUGCAAAGAGCUUGGAUCAUCCAAAACGUGUCGAAUAUUUUAUUCAAAACAAGCUUUGUGUAGAAAAUGUCACUUGUAGAUAUUGGAAUACAUAUGUACUAUGCUGUAAAGAAAAAUAAAUGACUAUUCAAAA